AAUAUUUCUUUUUCUAUCCUCCGAUUUGUAAAAGAAGAAUAUGAAAGAAAUGAGAUUUAAAUCGAUAAAAUGUAAUGAUAUUGGUGGAUGAUUCUGGAGGAUCAUAUGAGCGAAUUGAUCACUCUCCAUGGAAUGGCUGCACACUUGCGGAUUUCGUCAUGCCCUUCUUUCUCUUCAUUGUUGGUGUGUCAAUCGCUCUUGCUUUUAAGAGGAUUUCUAGGGUUCCUGAUGCAAUCAGAAAGAUUGUCGUCAGAACAAUCAAACUCCUCUUUUGGGGAAUUCUACUUCAAGGUGGCUACUCGCAUGCCCCUGAUGAUCUCUCCUACGGAGUUGACAUGAAAAAGAUUCGCUGGUGUGGCAUCCUCCAGAGAAUAGCACUGGCGUACUUGGUGGUGGCUCUUGUUGAAGUCUUCACAUUUAAGUCUCGCCCUAGGGAGCUUGGCUCAAAUCCUUUUGCCAUUUUUAGAGGAUAUAGAUGGCAAUGGUUGGCUGGUUUCAUUGCAUUUUCCAUCUACAUGUGUACAACAUUUGGGCUUUAUGUUCCAGACUGGAGCUUUGUUUAUAAUGCAGGAGAUACAGAUGGUGAAAAGAGGUUUACGGUCAAAUGUGGCAAGAGAGGACAAUUAGGUCCUGCUUGUAAUGCGGUUGGCUAUGUUGAUAGAGAAGUCUGGGGUAUAAACCAUCUCUAUUCAACGCCUGUAUGGAUACGAUCAAAGGCGUGUACUUAUAGUUCACCAGCCUCAGGACCUCUUCGUGCUGAUGCUCCACCUUGGUGCUUUGCUCCCUUUGAGCCUGAGGGCUUGUUGAGUUCAAUAUCAGCAAUCCUUUCAGCAACUAUUGGUAUCCAUUAUGGACAUGUUCUGAUUCAUUAUAAGGUUCAUUCCGAGAGGCUCAAGCAUUGGAUGCUGACGGCUAUCGUUUUACUUAUUUCUGGCUUAUUGCUUCAUUUCACAAAUGCCAUUCCUAUCAAUAAGCAACUGUAUAGCGUCAGUUAUGUUUGUUUCACAGCUGGGGCAGCUGGAAUAGUUUUGUCUUUCUUCUACUUGCUGAUUGAUGUAUAUCAUUUGGGAAAACCAUUUCUGUUCCUUGAAUAUAUCGGAAUGAACUCAAUGUUAAUUUUUGUAUUGGGGGCUUCAGCAAUACUUCCAGCAUUUGUAAACGGCUGGUAUUAUGAGAAUCCAGGCAAUACACUUGUUUAUUGGAUUCAAAAGCAUAUCUUCAUGAAAGUUUGGCACUAUAAGAGAAUUGGGACUCUUUUAUAUGUGAUAUUCGGUGAGAUCCUCUUCUACGCAGUUCUAGCAGCCAUCUGCCAUAAACUUGGCUUCUACUGGAAGUUAUAAUUGUUUUGCAAUUACCAAUUAUGCAUAUUAUGAAAUUUCAGAUUUCUUUUCAAUUACAUGUUGUUAAGUGUAAACUUUAGUGAAUGAUAGUUUUAUGGGAAAUGAUUGGAUUGUCUA